AUGGACGUGGACGUGGACGUGGACGUGGACAUGGACGUGGACAUGGACGUGGACGUGGACAUGGACGUGGACGUGGACGUGGACAUGGACGUGGACGUGGACGUGGACAUGGACGUGGACAUGGACGUGGACAUGGACGUGGACGUGGACAUGGACGUGGACGUGGACGUGGACAUGGACGUGGACGUGGACGUGGACGUGGACGUGGAGGACUUGGACGUGGACAUGGACGUGGACGUGGACGUGGAUGGACUGGACGUGGACAUGGACGUGGACAUGGACGUGGACGUGGAGGACGUGGACGUGGACAUGGACGUGGACGUGGACGUGGACGUGGACGUGGACGUGGACAUGGACGUGGACGUGGACGUGGACGUGGACAUGGACGUGGACAUGGACGUGGACGUGGACGUGGACGUGGACAUGGACGUGGACGUGGACGUGGACGUGGACAUGGACGUGGACGUGGACGUGGACUGGACGGACGUGGACGUGGACAUGGACGUGGACGUGGACGUGGACGUGGACGUGGACGUGGACGUGGACAUGGACGUGGACGUGGACGUGGACGUGACUGGACGUGGACGUGGACGUGGACAUGGACGUGGACGUGGACGUGGACGUGGACGUGGACGUGGACGUGGACAUGGACGUGGACAUGGACGUGGACGUGGACGUGGACGUGGACAUGACGUGGACGUGGACGUGGACAUGGACGUGGACGUGACGUGGACAUGGACGUGGACGUGGACGUGGACGUGGACGGUGGACGUGGACGUGGACGUGGACAUGGACGUGGACGUGGACGUGGACGUGGACGUGGACGUGGACAUGGACGUGGACGUGGACGUGGACGUGGACUGGACGUGGACAUGGACGUGGACGUGGACGUGGACGUGGACAUGGACGUGGACGUGGGGACGUGGACACGUGGACAUGGACGUGGACGUGGACGUGGACGUGGACAUGGACGUGGACAUGGACGUGGACGUGGACGUGGACGUGGAGGACGUGGACGUGGACAUGGACGUGGACGUGGACGUGGACGUGGACAUGGACGUGGACAUGGACGUGGACAUGGACGUGGACGUGGACGUGGACGUGGACAUGGACGUGGACGUGGACGUGGACGUGGACGUGGACAUGGACGUGGACGUGGACGUGGACGUGACGUGGACAUGGACGUGGACGUGGACGUGGACAUGGACGUGGACGUGGACGUGGACGUGA